AUGAAGAGAGUUUGUGGUUGGAGCGUGCUUCUCUUAGUUGUACAUUUGAGUUUACUAAAUGAUGGUUUAAAGGUGUUUGCUAUUGAUCCCACACAAGGGUUUACCAAUGUCCCCUUAACACCAAGUAGCUUCAUAUACCAGAAACCGUACAACGUCCCACUUGCAGACAGAUACAGUUUCCAUAACGGUAUUCGCCGAUUUUGGGUCUAUUCAAAUGAUCAGCCAUUCGAGCGUGGAAGCAACACACGACCCAGAACCGAAGUUCAAAUAAAACCAGACUACACUUCGGGGAUUUGGCAAUUCGAAGGCUAUGCAUUCAUACCACAUGGAACUUCAGGUGCUACGAUUGUGCAAAUCCAUGGUGCAGCCGAAGGUAACACAACAAUAUUACUAAGGAUCUAUAAUGGAGACAUGAGGUAUUACAAUGGGGAAGUAAUUGCUACUAAUUUAUAUGAUAAAUGGUUCAAGGUGAAUUUAAUUCACAAUGUUGAUGAAGGAAAAAUAAUGGUUUACAUCAAUGACGUGAAGAAGUUUGAAUCACAUGAUGAAGGUCCCGGAGACUUGUAUUUUAAGUGUGGUGUUUAUGGUGCACCGAGUGACACGAGUCGAUAUAUGGAAUCGAGGUGGAGAGACAUCAAAAUAUACAAGAAGUCAUAG